CCGGUGACCGGCGGUCGCGGUGGCGGCAGCGGGGCGGAGUGACGCCGCUCGUCAUCGCUCGGCCGGCGGCGGCGCUGCGCAGCGCGGCGCAGUGUACCGCUGGUGACCGUCCGGGGCGGCGGCGGCCGUAACUCUCUCCUGGCGGGCCGAUCGGUGGACCGGAGCGCCUCGCUGGGGCGCCAGAUUCGUGAGCGACGCCGAGUGAGCAGCAGGUCCUUCACCCUGGCUCGCGGACGGACCGGCGGCGUGGUUUGAAUUUCGUGCAGUUCGGGUGCAGCAGCGUGAACGGUGCCGCUGUGUGAGCGCGCAGAGCCGAGCUGUGUGCGUGCAGUGUGUGCGCAGUGGCGGUCAGACACGCACGCGCGUAUUGUGCUAAUCCGCCGCGUCUCUUGGUGCGCGCGCAGAUCGUCGUGAUAGAGUGGUUAUCGGCGCAGUUGGCUGCCGGUUGUACUCGUGCGAGGCAGACAGGUGGCUCCAGUGGGCGAGUUUGUUAGCGGCCAUGUAGCCGCGUGUGGAAGGUCUGGGUAACCUGCAGACAGUGUUGAGUGCAUCAGAGUGACUCCCCAAGUGAUACCGAUGAAGAUUAAAAAGCGGCCCCCGCCAGCGCCACCACUGGCCGGAUUUCAGGAGGUGCCUUCCAAGUCGCGCUCUCAGACUCAGCUGGUGACCCCGUCGGGCCGUCGCUGCGUGGUGGUGUUGCCGGACGAGCGGCGGUUAGACGUCACCAUCCAGCUGCGUCUGCUGACCUCAGAGCUGGCCGAGAUCGUGGCCUCGCACUGCUCGCUGAAGGAGCGCCGCUACUUCGGCCUGGCCUACCGUGGAGACAACGGGGAGAACCAGUGGCUGCACCCGGACGUGCGUGUCCUGGAGCACGACCUGCCGCGCGCCGGCGGCCCGCUGCUGCUGUACUUCCUGGUCCGAUACUACCCCGAGUCGUUCACACUGCUCAGGGACCCGGCGGCAGUGGAGCUGUUCUAUCAGCAGGCCAAGAGUGGCGUCUUCAAGGGAGACCUGGAGACUGAGGCCGACGGAGACACCAUCUUCAAGCUGGCGGCGCUGGCACUGCAGGCGGCACAUGGCGACUACGUCGAUGACGCCGGCACUCGCCAGCUGCUGAAGCGUACCGCCCUGCUGCCGGCCAGUGUGGUGAAGCUGCACCCCUCCGUCGGCAUGUGUGAGGAGCGGGUUAUUGAAGAGUACCGCCAGCUGACUGGAACGGCGCGCGGCACCGCCAUAGUCUCGUACCUGAGUAUUGUGGAGCGUCUUCCCACCUACGGCAUCCACUUUUACCGUGUCAGUGACCGGAGUGGCCAGAGCGGCUGGUGGCUGGGCAUCUCUACACGAGGCAUCGCCCAGUACGAGCUGGGAGACCGCACCAAGGCGAAACGGUUGUUUCAGUGGAAGCAGUUGGAGAACGUCACAUUCCGAGACGGGCGCUUCUCCAUCGAAGUCGACGAGCCCAAAAAAGUGGUGCAUGCGCUGAGCAGCUUCAACGUUUACGAAGACGCCAUCGGCAACGAUACUUCGGGCGACGAUCUGGUCUCUGCCAUCUCUGAUCCGUGUACACAAGUAUCGGUGAGCCGCCGGACGCUGGGCCCGGGUCACAUCAGCGUCUACUCGUGGUUCGCCGCCUCACAGACGGCAUGCCGCAAUAUCUGGUUCACCGCAGUAUCGCAGCACCAGUUUCACGUCGAGGGGAAGAAGGAGUCCAGGUCGGGUCUGCAGGCGUCUCGGACUCUCUCUGAUAUCGCUCGGGACCUGAGUCGCAGCGGUCCGGCGCUCUCCGCCGUCAGCAGCUCCUCUCUCAGUAACAGCGGCUCGCUGCAGUCGCUGGCCGUCAGCAGCUACACGGACGACUCGGAGCAGCAGGCGGCCAGGAUGGAGAUGUGCGCGGCGCUGCAGGCGCGCCGGGACGCGCUGGAGGCCAAACUGGCCGAGCGGACGGCAGAGCUGCGCCUGCUGUGUAUCAAGGAGGCCGAGCUGACGGGCGAGCUACCCGCGGAGCUGCCGCUGGAGCCCGGCGAGCCGCUGCCGCAGAUCCGGCGACGGAUGGGCACGGCGUUCACACUGCCCGAGACACUCAUCAACAGGCUCAGAGGAAGUCAGGAGGAGCUUGUAUCGGCACUUGAACUCGACUACGAAAUCCAGAGUAAAAUCACCACGGCGGCACUCAAACUGGCCAACGAUGCCACGCUCAAGAAGGUCCGCAAACAGCGCAAACUCAGCUACCAAAUGUCGGCGCAGAAGCUGCGGGACAUCGAGACCCGGCUGAAGGCGGCCAAAGCCAAACAGCUGAAGCGGCAGCAGCAGCAGAAGAUGCCGCGGCCCAGCAGCGAUGGCGAGGACCACCACAGUGAGGAGGAGGAGAGUUCGGUGGCCUCCGCCGAGGGAGUCAGCCUCUCCCCGCUGAACGGCGCGCUGCCGCCGCGGCCGCCGCGCUCCCCGGGCCGGCCCGAGCAGCGGCCCCCGCGCCGGCCGCCGACCCACCUCUCCGACCUCUCCGAGAGCGGCGAGGGACGCGCGAGGGCCCUGUCCGCGCCCGGCUCGCCCAAGAAGCUGCCCAAGUCGCGCUCGGCGACCCUGCAGCUGCCGCCGUCCCGCGAGCCGAGUCCGGGCAGUCAGGAGCUGAACGGCGGGUACAUACCGAGCUCGGUGUAUACGCGGUCGUCCUACCGCAGCAAACAGUACCCGACGCUGAGCCAGAGAGACACGCCGCCACCGCCGCCGCCCCGAGAGUACUGGUCACCGGGCGGUCAGUACAGCGUGCCGCAGAGGCGGACCGGCCCGGCGGCGGUCCCGCAGCAGCACUCCCAGCACUCCCAGCACUCUCAGCAGCACUCACAGCCGCCGCAGCCGGUGGCGCAGUCCUCGCCGAUGCAUCACCUCAGCGUGGAUGAGCUGGACGGCAGCUUCGACGCGCCGCCGGAGGAGACUUCGGCGCGGUUCGGCAGUCUGGACCGGCGCCGGCACGUCUCCUCGGCGGGCCACCUCACCCUGGAGGCGCGCAGCAUGGAGCGGCUGGACGGGGAGCCGGCGCCGCCGCCGCCCGUGCCGCUGGAGGCGGCCGCGCCGCGCUGGCCGCCGCCGCCGCAGCCGCCCCGGUUCACUGACUCGCCGCUGAGCGCGGCCAGUGACGCGCUGCGGGCGGCGCACGCGCGCACGGCCAGCCUGCCGGCCGACUCGGCCGCCUUCCCCCGCCAGCUGAGCGUGGCCUCCGUGGCGGACGGCUCGUCGGACGCCGCCGCGAGACGGCGCAGGGAGAAGGCCUGGUACGAGACCUCUCUGGACUCCCCGGACGUGGCGCGCCGCGGCCGGCCGCCGCCCGCUCCGGCCGCCGACACCGCCUCUGUGCUGGACAUGUCGAUCACGCCGCUGGUGGCGCCGCCUCGGCCUCACCCGCCGCCGGCACCUCAGGUUCCCGUGACGCCGCUGGAGGCGCUGGCGACGCCGCGCCACGGCGGACGGCCGGCCGCCUCUCCUCCGCCGUCCGCAGCCGUGCCGACGGCGGAGGCGCCGCGGAACCAGACUAUCAUCCAGCCGGGCACCUUCCAGCCGUACCGGGAGACAUCCAAGCCGUUCGAGAUGUCGGACUUCUACAAGUACAGCACCAAGUACCGGCGUCAGAGCCAGGGCAGCGGCGACAGUCCCGGCUCCAGCGUGACGGGCCGGAGCGUUCCGCAGUCGCCGAUGAGCCCCGGGCCGGCGCCGGCCGGCGGCCUGUCCGCCCAGCUAACCCACGGCUCUCUGCACGCGGCGGCCGCGCGUCAGGUGCUCAGCUCGCCGCAGAGGGGACUGUAUCAGCCCCCGUCCGCGCAGCAGGCCUGCCAGCCGGCCCGGCCGCCGCCGCACAACUGGCACAGGGCCACGCCGCCGAUGGGGUCGGGCGCCGCCUCUCCCAGCCAGCCGGGGUCGCACAACUCGAGUUUCCAGGACUCUGUCUCUGUGGCGGACGCGUUCCGUUCCGAGAUGCUCGCCGCCUGGUGCGAGGGAAGUCGGCCGGGGGAGGGCGCCGCGCCGCCGCCGCCGCCGCCGCCCCAGACCAGGUCGGCUACCCUGGUCUGACCGAGACCCGCCGCCCCCCGCCCCGCCCCCGCUGUGAUAGGGCCCGAUUGCGGCCCCUCCUCCCACCCCUCUAUAGCUGUACAGACAGGCGCGUUGUGAUACGCAUUUUUAUGGAGAGUACAAACGUUAUUUUACUAAUGGGAUCAUUCGCCUGUGAGAAGUAUUAGCGUUCACGACGUUGUACAUAUGUGCAUUAUAAACUGUUGCUCAUUUUCAGGAAAUACAAUAUUUCUGAAA